GGAUCGGGGUCGGAGGGUCGGAAAAAUACCAGAUCGCCACCCUCCAACAACGGAACAGAACAGACACUUGUUGAUAGCGCCCGGAGGCAGACAGACGUCUGCGAGUGUCCUUUUGUCGUGUGCGCUGUGUGUGGUGCAGCCCGCUGUAAUAACCAAGGAAAAUCAGGCCAACCGAUUGUGAAGCCAGGAUAAGGCGCCAAAUUGUGAUUUGAUUGAUUGAACGUUCAUAUGCUGAGUUGUCUAAAUUUUAUCUUUUGAGCGAUGUGGAGUGAGAGAAAAGUGAAAGUGAAUAGGAGCCCAGUGUUUGAAUAAUGAUUGACGACAAUUUUCAACAUUGGUACAGUCGGCUUUGUUUGAGUGGGCAGUUUCGGAAAAUCACGGCUCGUUUGCUACAAUAUGUUUUCCUUUAUCGGGCAAGAUCGGAGGCACAGUCGCGCUUUCAUUGCGUUUAUCGUUUACAUAACGCUGUUUUUGGAUAAUAUGUUGCUGACAGUCAUAGUUCCAAUCCUUCCGGACUACCUGGGUCACUUCUACUCAAACUCCAACGCAUCGUUCAGCAUCCCCAAAAGCGUCAUCUACAAGAACUUUGAUCUGCACUACGUGCCGAAACUGAUCGGCGCUACGACGGAAAACGUACUGCUGAAGAACUUCACCGGCACCUCCGAUCAACAAAGAUCACUGGAAUCAGAGAAUGGCUCCAUCGGAAUCCUGCUGGCCGUAAAAGCUUUGGUACAGCUGGUUUUCAACCCCAUCGUUGGGAACGUUUCCGCCAAGCUAGGCUACAGCAUUCCAAUCGCAUUCGGAACGUUAAGCCUGUUCCUGGCAUCGGUUAUUUUUGCCCUCGGACAAUCCUAUGGCUCGUUGUUCGUAGCCCGUGCGAUACAUGGAGUGGGAUCGGCGUGUGUCUGUGUUUGUGGAAUGAGUUUGGUGGCCCAGCUAUAUACAGAACCAGACAAGCGAUCGAGGAUCAUGGGGACGAUCCUGGGUAGUAUAGCCGUUGGGGUGCUGAUCGGGUAUCCGUUUGGAGGAAUUGCUUACGACAUUGUUGGAAAGGCCGCUCCGUUCCAUAUUCUUACGGUAUUGUGUCUGAUGGUACUGGUGGUACAGCUUGCCUGCCUGGAUUUCUCCUGUCGUUCGCAGACGUCAUCCGUUGUACUAGAUGAAGGUCACUCGAAGUGGAUUCCUCUGCUUACGGAUCGUCUGAUCCUAGUGAUCAUCGGCGCUAUUUGGAUCUCAACUUCUGCCAUGUCCAUCCUGGAACCGUGCUUACCCUUGUGGAUGAUUAGCGUGCUGCAUCCAAAGAAAUGGCAGCUUGGAACGGUCUUCAUUCCGGAUUCCGUCGGAUACUGGAUCGGAACAAACUUCUUCGGAGGGGUGGCAUACCGAUUCGGUCAGAUAAAGAUUGCAAUACUGUCACUUGCGGUGGUAGGCGUUUCCUGCAUUGUGAUUCCUUCGGCAACGACUGUUCUGGGGCUAUUAUUACCACAUUUCAGUUUGGGAUUAGGAAUCGGUGUAUUGGAUGCGGCUUUAGUACCUUUAUUGGCGACAAUAGUUGAUAGCCAAUGCGAGAAUGACAACGACAGUGAUAUUUGCGAAUCGUCACCAAACUACGGAGCAGUCUACGCAAUUCAACAGAUAGCAGUAAGUCUGGCAUAUUCCCUUGCGCCAAUCUUAGGAGGAGAGCUGGUUCCAUGGAUAGGAUUUCCUUGGCUAAUGCGCCUUAUGGGCCUACUGAACCUUGCAUACGGUCCUUUCUUGGUGUGUUCCGGCAUUCGUGAAAGUGUGCGAUGUUUGCUGCAAAAACGGUCCGAAGUGCCACUGGCUUCGGUGGAAUUUGCCCACACGGAAGGAAGCUACAAGCGGUUUUACAACGCAGUGGAUUGAUCCAUCAGAAGUCAAUGAAGCGUGAACGGGGUGGGUUUAUGAGGUUUCUUAUCUCAUUGGAACCAUACGUGGUUUGGCGACGUGGAGCGUAAAGAAUUAUUAUUGCGUUCUAUAACGUUACUGGAUGUUGUGGCGGAAGGAAAAAGGUGAAUGAAAUCAAGAAAACAUGUAAUAAAAUAACGGUCGGGGAAAAUAAACUGACACCAAUUGGAAACCA